AUGGAUCUCUUCGCCGCCGCCGCCGCCGCCGCCGCCGCCGCCUGCGACAACUUAGGCCUGCUCAUCAACACCGAGAAAACGGUGGUUAUGCAUCAACCGCCAUCCGAGGCUGUCUACGUCACACCCCAACUCAAGGUUGGUGGCGUCCAACUGUAAGUCGUGGACAACUUCGCCUAUUUGGGAAGCACACUCUCGCGCAACACAAACAUCGAGGACGAGGUUGCCCGUCUGCUGUACAAAGCCAGCCAGCCAGUCUGUGAGAUCAACUUAAACCACACACAAUAAGUUCGUUUCGCCUAAUGUCAGCAGUCAAGGAGCUGUGAGGAGUAGUUUAUUCUGUACACAGGGCAGGUUGUUGUAAGCUGGCUGUUUGCUUGAAACAGAGAUAAGUCUCCGUUCACGGAGAUCGUCGGUCGCGGUGUGUCGUUACGCGGGGGUUGAAAGUCUGUGUCAGUAGGUGGGGGUGACUUGUUGAGUGCUGGUCGUGAGAUUGGACGGAUUAGGGGGGACGCAUAAUCACGGGUAUCAAGUCAGAGCGUUCGACGCGCGUGAGGCGAUGAUAAUGUGAGGGCAGUCGGGAGUCACUGCAGCGGGACAGGAGGGGCCUCAGUUCUUGCCGGCGGGGGUAGUGGGAGAGGGAGAUCUAAAGCACAACGGAGGAUGUGACUUCCCUGUUCACACCUUCUUUGUGAUAAUUGGCCACCCAACAGCCCAUGACAGUUACUCCUGCCAUCUACCCAACCGUUUCCACAGGCCUCCUCACUUCUGUUGUUUCUCGCUAUCAGUACACCUACUACCUCCAAUUAACAUUCUGUUUUGCAUACAUAACAUAUAGUAGUUUGCCUUGGAGGCUGACAGAGCAUAAUCAGGCAUGGAGAUUACCAGGCGUCGCACUACGCUAGACGGAGGACCUGCUUGCAUAAUCUGGUGUCGCCUAAACUGCAACCGUACUUCUGCCAUCCUGUACCUCGGGCGUAAUGACUCAACUGCUAUUUGAAUACCCUUGGACUGUGCACACACUCUCAAGAAGAUGGCAGCAGAGAGCAAUUUGAACAACUGGUAGGAUUGUAAACAGUCCUUUUUUUCUGCCCUUUCACCGAUUUCAGAUUGACAGUCUCCUAAACCGUGCCUGCUCCCACCUCGCUGUGGAGCACACGGUGGACAUCGUCGGAUGCGUCGGUCGAACUGCCAUAAGGGCAGGACCUCUCAGUCGGUGA